AUUCUGAUGAGGAAUCAAAUCAUUCUAACUGUAAUAUCUCUCUUCCUGAACUAAGUAGCUAUGAGGAAAAAGAUUUUUACCUCGACGAAAUUGAGGAAAUUUCCUAUGAGUUGAAUAUUGGUAAACUUAACUCGAAAGACAAUAACUUGUUGCAACAAAGAGAUGCUGUAUUACCUAACGAUGUGAUAGCUUUAACUCCGGCCCUUCCUCUGGCUAAUGAGAUUGAAUUACAAGAAAAUCUCAUGAGACGUAUAGAAGUUUUACUUGGAGAGAUAUCAAGGUUACGAAAAGAGGCUCAAGAUCGAAUUAGGAGGUUCCAGAGGAAACAACAAGAAUGA